AUGGACGCCAGCAUCAUCCUUCGCAAAUACACCCUCGCAGAAGCUCUUCUUCGCAUUGAGAUCUUUACCGAGCCCUUCGAUCCGAUCCUGUGGAAAGCAUGGGCAGUCCAGAUGCACGUCCUGCUGGUCCUUAUGGUCCAAGCCCAGUCUGAAGCGGCCAGCGUGGGGAUCAUCCUACCCCUUCCACGUGAUAUCCCUGUCCUGGCCCAGGUGAAAAUACACCUGGCAACAGCUCGCACUGUAGAAGGUGGUCGUCAGAUGAUACCCCGAAUUGUGGAUCACCUUCCUGCGGUCAUUCCUCAUGGUUUGACUGCCCGCGUUCUGUAUGACGACCCUGCUGUCCACGAGGACUUUGGUUUAGGCCACCCGCCGGAUGGUCUCCCUGACAUUGGAACCUUGCGCCUUCAGGUUGAGACAUUGCGCAACGCGGCCUGCGAACUGUACAAUGUUAUGCGUGAAAUCACUGGUAGACGCGAGCUGGCGGAUGACCAUUGGAAGGCAGAGUACAUUAUUGGUCCUAUGCUGCUUCAGCAGCACAAACCCGACUCCGAACUCGACAAUAACGACGAUGAUGUUAGUCACGUCAGCACUUCUGCCACCAACUCUCGUGCAUCUGAGCGCAGUGAAAUCUCUGCCUCGAUGGCCUCGCAGGUCUCUGUUGCCAACAAGAGGUGCCGCGUCCACUCCACUUCUUCAAGCAAGCCGAAGAAGAAGCCUGUCACGGGUGUGGUAUCGCAAUAUGCAGAGGGCCGAUCAUCUGGCCCAGUGGCCACGCCUGCAUUGGAACCGCAGCUGAAUCUAAUGUCUGCCCCAGUGACCAUGCCUGUGUUGGAACCACAGCUGAGUGCAAUCGGUAAUAUUCUCGCCAAAGUUGCCUUCCGCGCCUUCCUCUGUCGUUGCCUCUGUCAUCUCUCCUUCGGUAUCUGGCCUAAUGAUGCCUUGUCCAGUAGCCAUCCGGAUUUAAUAAGUGGUUUGGAGCUGCUCAAUUCCAUGAAGCUCACACCUGUAUUCAACAUCGGUUCUCCGACAUCAGAAGUCAUCACAUUCAUUGAGCGCAUCGAGAACACUGAUCCUAACUCACCCGACCUCUCGGAAGACAAUCUUGGAACGGUGUGGGGCCAUUACCAGUUUACAGCAGGCUUGAUGACCUCCAGCUCCACACUUGUCUCAUGGGAUGGCAUUGGGAGUGAGGCCACGCGAAGAUUAAUUGCUGCCGCCAUCAAGAUGUGCAAGGUUGCAAGACAUGUGUGUUUUGUCAGCGGGAUCAAAAUGAACGCGUAUCUUAGUGAUGCAUACUUGGAGACGACAGUUGAAAUCCUUUGGAGGCUCUGA